AGUUAUUAAUACUGAAGAACAACCGAAACCAAACACAUUCAUUCUCUCAACUAACCAAACCAAUUCGGUAGAUUUUGUUUCAUUCUCUCAACCAUGGCUGAUUCUUCAUCCAACCUCAAAUCAGAAGCUAUAAUCGAUUUGAUGAAGCAACACUUUUCCACCGACGCUGGCAAAGAACUCGUUAAAAAAAUUGGACUCGUUUAUCAAUUUCAAAUUGCUCCUAAGAAAAUUGGAAUCGAUGAAGUUAUCUAUACUGUUGAUCUCAAGAAAGGAGAGGUCACUAAAGGGCCAUAUGAAGGUGGAAAGGCAGAUGCAACUUUUUCAUUUAAAGAUGAGGACUUUGUUAAGGUUGCAUUAGGGAAGAUGAACCCGCAAAUUGCUUUCAUGAGGGGUGCAAUGAAGAUUAAGGGAAGCUUGAGUGCUGCUCAGAAAUUUACUCCCGAUAUCUUCCCAAAGCCUUCCAAAAUGUGAGCAUAGAUGUCUGUCACUACAGCGAUCAAGCAAAAUAUAUAUCCUCAGAACCUGAGGAGUAUGUCUGUAGUUAAAUACAUCUAUCAUCAUUCCUAAGGUUGUAGAGGGGUUCAUGAGAAAAUACAUCUAUCAUAAUAUAGAUAGUGUUCUGCAAAUCUUCCAAAUGAAUUUUAUAAUAAUGUAAUUGAAUGUUUCAAGUUUGAAAAUUUAUCAUCAUGCAUCAUUUUCAUAUGUGUCCAUCGUUUUUUCCUUUAAUACUUGGAUCAAUGCAUCGUUACUUGAGCCUAUCGUUAAAAUCUGUACUUGUGAAUGCUGGGAAUAGUGAAUGUCUGUGAAUGCUCAUUUCCCAGUGGAACUAUAAUGUAAUUUCACAGCUGAAACAUAUUGUUGGGAAUGGGAUUAUGAGAA